GCCACGCAGUCACUGACCGAGCUCCGAAAUAUGGCGUCCAUGGCCUACCUCCUCCGUCGAAGGCUCCCUCACAAACCCUUCCUCCUCCAAAUACGCUUAUUCUCUUACUCUUCCUCAGAGAACCAAACCACGCAGCGCAUAGAGAAGAUUCUCGUAGCGAACAGAGGCGAGAUUGCGUGCAGAAUCAUGAGGACCGCGAAGCGGCUCGGGAUUAGGACCGUGGCCGUUUACAGCGACGCCGACAGAGACGCGCUUCACGUGAAAUCUGCCGACGAGGCUGUCCGUAUCGGUCCGCCCCCGGCUCGGUUGAGUUACUUGAACGCGUCGUCGAUUGUCGAGGCUGCAAUGCGUACCGGUGCGCAGGCUAUACAUCCUGGCUAUGGUUUCUUAUCGGAGAGUGCUGAUUUUGCUCAAAUUUGUGAAGAUAAGGGUCUUACAUUUAUUGGCCCUCCAGCAUCUGCAAUCCGUGACAUGGGCGAUAAAAGUGCAUCGAAGAGAAUAAUGGGUGCAGCAGGGGUGCCAUUGGUUCCUGGAUAUCAUGGUAAUGAACAAGAUAUAGAUAUAAUGACUUCAGAAGCAGACAAGAUUGGGUAUCCAAUCUUAAUAAAGCCAACUCAUGGAGGCGGAGGAAAGGGUAUGAGGAUUGUGCAGAGUCCAAAUGAAUUUGUUGAAUCUUUCUUGGGAGCACAACGUGAGGCUGCUGCUUCUUUUGGCAUAAACACAAUAUUGCUGGAGAAAUAUAUCACACAGCCAAGGCACAUAGAAGUGCAGAUAUUUGGGGACAAAUAUGGGAAUGUUCUUCAUUUAUAUGAGAGGGACUGCAGUGUGCAGAGAAGACACCAGAAGAUAAUUGAAGAAGCUCCAGCUCCAAACAUUUCCAGUUCUUUCCGCUCCCACUUGGGCCAAGCUGCUGUGUCUGCAGCCAAGGCAGUUGGGUAUCACAAUGCUGGCACUGUGGAGUUUAUAGUUGAUACAGUCUCAGGCCAAUUUUAUUUUAUGGAGAUGAACACCCGUCUUCAGGUUGAGCAUCCUGUGACCGAGAUGAUUGUUGGUCAAGAUCUCGUAGAGUGGCAAAUCUGUGUUGCAAGUGGAGAACCUCUUCCCAUGAGCCAGUCACAGGUGCCCUUGUCAGGUCAUGCUUUUGAAGCCCGAAUAUAUGCUGAAAAUGUACUGAAAGGAUUUCUUCCAGCAACUGGAGUUCUUCAUCAUUAUCAUCCUGUUCCAGUGUCGUCAACAGUUCGGGUUGAGACAGGGGUUGGACAAGCUGACACUGUUAGCAUGCAUUAUGAUCCUAUGAUUGCUAAGCUUGUAGUAUGGGGAGAAAAUCGUGCUGCAGCAUUAGUAAAAUUAAAGGAUUGCUUGUCGAAGUUUCAGGUUGCAGGCUUACCGACCAAUAUCAAUUUUCUCCAAAAACUUGCGAACCAUUGGGCGUUUGAGAAUGGCAAUGUAGAAACAAAUUUUAUUGAACGUUUUAAAGAUGAUCUCUUUGUUUCUCCCACCAAUUCAAAAUCAGCAAAAGAAGCAUAUGAUGCUGCUAGACUUAGUGCAACCCUGGUAGCUGCAUGCGUAAUCUCAAGGGAACAUUCUCUAUUGAAAGAAAAUCCCCUUGGGGGCAACAGGUCACUCUCCAUAUGGUAUUCUUCUCCCCCUUUUAGAGUCCAUCAUUGUGCCACUCGUACAAUGGAACUUGAAUGGGUGAAUGAAUAUGACAGCAGCGCAUCAAAUCUCUUCACACUUUCAAUUACUUAUGAGCCAGAUGGAAAUUAUCUGGUUAAGACAGGAGAAAACUGUUCCCAUUGUAUGGAAGUCAAAGCAGCAGACCUAGGUAACCAUGAUUUCAGAGUUGAAACUGAUGCUGUAAGCAUGGAUGUCAGUUUAGCUGUUUACUCUAAGGAUCAGACUAAGCACAUUCAUAUAUGGCAUGGGUCACAUCAUCAUCAUUUCAGACAGAAAAUAGGGCUUGAGUUAUCUGAUAAUGAUGAAGUUCAACAUAAGCCCAGCUUUCAUACAGCAUCCCAGCCUCAAGGGACUGUUGUGGCACCCAUGGCUGGUUUAGUGGUCAAACUUUUGGUGAAGGAUGGGACAAAAGUGGAGGAAGGACAGCCUAUACUAGUCUUAGAAGCAAUGAAAAUGGAGCAUGUUGUAAAGGCACCAUGUGCCGGAUGUGUCCAUGGGCUUCUAGUUACGGCUGGUCAGCAAGUUUCUGAUGGCAGUGUUCUCUUCAGCAUCAAGGAUUAGUAGAAUCAUCAUGGUUUUAUGUUUUCCGGACAAAUCAUAGCAAGGCAGAGCUCAUCUUUAAUUGUGCUCAGAGGGGACUUGGCUGUCUGCAUUUCUGCUGUAAGAAAAUUGACAUUUAUCCCUUGUUUACAUUGGUAAAAUAAAAUCUUCAAGAUGUAAUAAAAUAAAAAAAUAAAAAAAAACUCUUAUACCUUUCAAUACGGAAAAGUAAAAGUUAAUGGUUCCCCCCCGCCCUGCAGUUGGUGGCCGGCGAGCUUGUUUCUUUACCAGUCACUUUUUAGCUUCUCAUUAUAAAGAAUUCUUAAUUCAUUUCAUAAGUUGCUGGAUUGACUGGUAAAUCAGCCCUAGAUGUUUCUUAGGAGAAUCUUCUUAAUGAGACUCAUCUGAGAUUACAAACAGGAUGAUGGAUUUUCUAAGUGACUGGGCUUUGAGCUCACACUUAAUUCAUCUUUGGAAUUUGGGAGGUUGCUAA